UGUACUGAUUUAUUUUUUUUUCACUAUUAGUUGUUUGGAAGCUGGUAGUUUGGGCAGUUGUUUGGAAGCUGGUAGUUUGGGCAGCAGUUUGUUAUCCACAGAUUUACUGACAUGUGCCCUGUGAAAACCUGUGUGUUGUAUUUCUCUGAGCUGUCAGAGUCGCUGGAGUGAUGCUGCGUGCUCCUGCAGACCAGUGAACACCAGCAGUUAACUGGUGUGAGUGGUGCAGAGAAACAACAUCUGGUCUCUGUUCCUCUUCUCUACCCUUCACUAAUGAUGUGCUGUUGUUUCAGGUGUGGGUCCCAAAGACCUGGCUCCAGAUGGAUAAGCAUGCUUUACACUUUCUGUUCUGGCCUGAUCCAAAAGGAAAGUUCCUUUUGCUGCGAUCAGCUCAGCUGUCUCUAUGUUCCCCAUUGUGCUGUCUUGGCAGUGGCACCAGGGAUGCUGUGCAGGGGCACCAUGAACCAUCCACUGCUUUUCAAUUGUUCACAUAACCUAUGAUGCGGAUGCUUCAAGAAUCCAGCUGAAAGCUGAUUUAGUGGUGAGCAAAGCUGUUGUGUUCACUUUGACUGACCAGAUCACCCUCUGCUGCAGUUCCCAGUGGUCCCUCCAGGUCCAUGAUGAUGAUGCAGAUGAGGCUGCGGGUCAUACAAGCUGCAUCUGUGCCAGAGCUGGCCAGACCCUGUCUGCGGCUGCAUGGUCAUGGCUGCGCUUUGGACACCCCAGAAAAACCAGCAGCGCUGAGCUAGCGAAGCAGCAGGAGAGGAGGUGAUACCCACCUCGGGCUGCAUCUCCAGCUCUUCUGUUGCUUGGCAACGAGAUGAGGAGGAUCAGGUACCGGGCUGGGGCCUUUCUGCAAAUAUUUGGCUGAAUAUCACAGGGCAUGUUGUCAAAGCAGUUCAAAGUCUUCUGAAAUGCAUCCUUGGUUUUAUGUGUAAAUCAGUUCAAAUAAAUAGAUGAGCUCAAGCUGUGUCAGGAACUAUCACAGGAGCACAAGUUUGUUUACAGUGGGAUGCAGUGUGCUGAAGAUUUUAUAUAUGUGCAUUAUAUUUACAUUUCUUGCCUCUAAUCCCCUAACUGAGGAAAGUGGGGACUUGUACAUAGAACGGCUGCCAAGGUCAGUUAACACACUUUGAAUAUAUAAAUGUGCAUGUGUAUAUAUUUAUACACAUAUAAGUAUAGGUAUAUCAAACAAAUUAAAAAAUAAAGGAGGAAAAGUGACAUAUACAGAAACCAGCAUGAAUCCCAUAAUUGUCUUGAAAAUAUGUGCAAAGUAAUUCCGUUUGAUAGAAAGCACAGGGAAAUGGAUGUGAGAAGGGUAAGCAAUAGAUGAGCUAACCAGAUGACUGGGGAGAUUCCAUUUGUGCAAGUAAAAAGCACUGUUAUUUUGUUAUCAAACAAUCUUUCAUGGUUCUUAAGCACAGGCUCUUACAGGAAUGCAUCUGUGCACACAGUCUGGAUUAAUUUUGUCGUGGUUCGUCUGCACGUGUAUAUACAGAGCUCAGUUCACCUAUCACUGGCCAUGGGUUUUUUACUGUGUUGCUGUGACAUUGGGUCCGAGCAAAAUGCUCCCAAACAGGACACAUCGGUGAGCACAGCAUCAGCUGGGCUGGACACACUGCCCGGGGCACCAACAAAGCUGCAAGGUUGUGUUCUCCCCAUCCCAGACAAGUUCUGCCUGCCCAGGACAGCAGCGUCUGCCCCUUCUCCAGGUCCCUGUGUGGGACCAGCCUGGCUGUGGGAGCCACUGGGGUCUGCCUGUGGGUCCCUGUGUGGAACCAGCCUGGCUGUGGGAGCCACUGGGGUCUGUCUGUGCCCCCAAUGUCUGGGCUGAUAUCAGCCUGGCCUCCCCAAACCCCAGUACCCCCAGGGAUCCUGAUGGUGCAAUGGGGAUCCAGCUUCUGAAGUCCCUGUUUCUGUGCAAGAUUGGUACCAAGCUGCCCCAUCACCAGUUUUGGGUACUCAGCAGAUGAACACCAAUGUUGCUGCUGAAGCAGACAGUGGGGUUUUAAGCAAGCUGCUUAGGUACCUUUGUUAUUUUUUGACAGUUGACAGCACAGACCGUUGUGCUCCAUGUCAUUGUUGCAUGACAUUCCGUUUGGCACAGGGUUUAUUUUUAGCCAGAGACUAUCAAAAGUAUUUUUCAGUAGGACUGUCACUGCUCUUGAACAAGGAAUCAUAUUACUGCAAGAACUUUGCUGGAACAAAGAAGAUCUACUGGACAAAUGGGAAACUAUAAAUCUAGACCAACCCAAACUUGCACUGGUAAUUAAUGUUGCUUUUUUAAAUGCAAUAUACCAUACAUCUGUCUACAAGAAGCAAAUGAUAUUUCGGGAAAUAACUCAUGGCUAAUUUGCUCCCGAGGUCAGGGAUAAGAUGAAUGGAAGAAGAAAGUUAGUGAAUCGUAUGCCAUAAUCAUAGAACGAUUAGAAGAUGACCUGCAAAUCAAAGAAAAGGAGCUGGCAGAACUGAAGCAUGUUUUUAGCUCUGAUGAAGCCUUCUGCAAAGUCAAUUUAAAUUAUCGCACAGAAAAUGGGCUCUCUCUACUUCAUUUAUGUUGCAUAUGCGGGGGUAACAAAUCACAUAUUCGAACUCUGAUGCUAAAAGGACUACGUCCUUCCAGGUUAACAAGAAAUGGAUUUACAGCUCUGCACUUGGCAGCCUAUAAGGACAACACGGAGCUGCUGACAGCGCUGCUGCACGGCGGGGCCGACAUCCAGCAGGUCGGGUACGGAGCCCUGACAGCCCUUCACAUCGCCACCAUCGCCGGGCAUCACAGGGCUGUUGAGAUUCUUUUGCAGCAUGGAGCUUAUGUGAACGUUCAGGAUGCAGUUUUUUUCACCCCAUUGCAUAUUGCUGCAUAUUAUGGCCAUGAACAGGUAACUCACCUCCUACUCAAAUUCGGAGCUGAUGUGAACGCAAGCGGUGAAGUUGGGGACAGGCCUCUCCACUUGGCUUCUGCCAAAGGUUUCCUCAACAUCACAAAGCUCCUGAUGGAAGAGGGAAGUAAAGCUGACGUGAAUGCUCAGGACAACGAAGACCAUGUUCCUCUGCACUUCUGCUGUCGAUUUGGACACCACGAAAUUGUGAAGUUCUUGCUGCAGAGCAGCUUCGAGGUGCAGCCCCAUGUGGUGAACAUCUAUGGAGACACCCCCCUGCACCUCGCCUGCUACAACGGGAAGUUCGAGGUUGUCAAGGAAAUAAUCCAGCUCUCAGGAACAGAAAGUCUCACUAAAGAGAAUAUAUUCAGUGAAACGGCUUUCCACAGUGCUUGCACCUAUGGAAAGAACAUAGAACUGGUAAAAUUUCUUCUUGACCAGAAUGUUGUAAGCAUCAAUCACCAGGGAAGAGAUGGACACACAGGACUACACUGUGCUUGCUACCACGGGCAUAUUCGACUUGUUCAGUUUUUACUGGAUAACGGAGCUGAUAUGAAUCUGGUAGCUUGUGAUCCUAGCAGGUCCAGUGGAGAAAAGGAUGAGCAGACCUGUUUGAUGUGGGCUUAUGAGAAAGGUCAUGAUGCCAUUGUGACUCUCCUGAAGCAUUAUAAGAGACCCCAAGAUGAUUCACCCUGUAAUGAAUACUCACAGCCUGGAGGAGAUGGUUCCUACGUGUCAGUUCCAUCCCCUCUAGGAAAGAUCAAAAGCAUGACUAAAGAAAAGGCAGACGUUCUCCUCCUCCGUGCUGGUUUGCCGUCACAUUUCCAUCUUCAGCUCUCUGAAAUUGAGUUCCAUGAAAUUAUUGGCUCAGGGUCUUUUGGAAAAGUAUAUAAGGGACGAUGCAGAAAUAAAAUCGUCGCAAUCAAACGCUAUCGGGCCAAUACCUACUGCUCCAAAUCGGACGUGGACAUGUUCUGCCGUGAAGUGUCCAUCCUGUGCCGGCUGAACCACCCGUGUGUCAUCCAGUUUGUGGGUGCCUGCCUGGACGACCCCAGCCAGUUCGCCAUCGUCACGCAGUACAUCUCCGGCGGGUCACUCUUCUCCCUGCUGCACGAGCAGAAGAGAACUCUGGAUCUGCAGUCUAAAUUAAUCAUUGCUGUAGAUGUUGCCAAAGGCAUGGAGUAUCUCCACAACCUGACACAACCCAUCAUACAUCGUGAUUUGAACAGCCACAAUAUUCUCCUGUAUGAGGAUGGUCAUGCAGUUGUUGCUGAUUUUGGAGAAUCUAGAUUUUUGCAAUCCCUGGAUGAAGACAAUAUGACAAAACAACCUGGGAACCUGCGCUGGAUGGCCCCCGAGGUGUUCACACAGUGCACCAGGUACACCAUCAAAGCCGACGUCUUCAGCUAUGCUCUGUGCCUCUGGGAGCUGCUAACGGGUGAAAUCCCAUUUGCUCACCUGAAACCAGCGGCAGCCGCGGCCGACAUGGCGUACCACCACAUCCGCCCGCCCAUCGGCUACUCCAUCCCCAAGCCCAUCUCGGCGCUGCUGAUGCGUGGCUGGAACGCCUGUCCCGAGGGGAGGCCAGAGUUUUCAGAAGUGGUCACAAAAUUAGAAGAAUGUCUGUGCAACAUUGAGCUGAUGUCUCCAGCCUCCAGCAACAGCAGCGGCUCGCUGUCUCCCUCCUCCUCCUCUGACUGCCUGGUCGCUCGCGGGGGCCCCGGCCGCAGCCACGUUGCCGCGCUGCGCAGCCGCUUCGAGCUGGAAUACGCCUUGAAUGCGCGAGCGUAUGCCGCUUGGUCACAGAGCACUGGGCAGCACCCUUCGCAGGGCCUGUCUUUGGAUGACAUGAGAAGAAACUUCCAGUGCUCUCCAAUUGACAAAAAUGGGUACGUAUCAGACCCCAUGAGCACCAUGAGGUUCCACUCCUGCAGCGGCAGCUUUGAAGAAAGCAGCUGAUGACAAGAACCAUCCACUAGAGAGAUGCUGUCAGCUGGCACCAGCCGCUCUCACCACAUCAGCCUCCUCCAGGCACCGUUGGGUGUUGUGCCGAAGAUCCCCAAGCUGAGCAGCUUUAGUUGCUGUUGGCAACUGUCCCUGUCACUAGUCCUGCUCAAGCAUCUUUCUCUGCUGACCUGCUUGAGUGUUGGGUUUUUUGGUGGUGUGUACCUGUCUUUAACCAAGUCCACAAGGAAUGCUACACUUUCAUCUUGAGCAUUAAUAAUUUGAAGAGAUGAAAGAAAUAAUGCAUCUCUUGUAGUUUUGGAGCUCCAAGGGCAGUUGUUCCCUGGGCUGCACCAAGGCCUGGGAGCCACCAGCCCUGUCACAUCAGGGAGAGGAGCAACCUGUCCUCUCCGGCACCAUCCUAACUGCUUCUCCAGAGAUAUGUGUUUUCUUAUCCCUCUUGGUUUGGUUUGAGUGAAUGUUUUUCGUAACGACUGUUUUCAUUCAGACAUUUGCUUACAAAAAGCAAUACGGGUACUCCAAAACAAACUUUAAACUGGAAGGAAAAUACGCAAGGUCAUGUCACAAAUAUGAUAAUCUUAAGACAGUGCAAAGUUGCAUUUUUGAUGCAAAGCAAAACUGCAGCAGAGUUCCAGCUGGUGCCACAACUGGGCUUUUCAACAGCAGCUCUGAUCACUGGAAAUUUUAAAAAAAUAACAGUUAAAGAAAAAAAAGUAGGGCAGGAUAACUUGAACUCUUCUUCUAGAGGCAAUUACAGAGUUAAUUAUGCUGUUAGUUUCUGAGGUAUUUUUUCAAAUUAGGAAAAUGUAGCUGCAAGUGAUCCUGCUUUAAUAUUCUUCCUUAAGCAGACUCAAGGACACAACUGUCGUAUUGGCCCAGUAGAAAUUGGUGUUCACAACUGCCGUGUGUUGAUCUGUGGAUGUUAUUCAGGAUGUUGGUUUCCUACAACCGCUGACCAAGGUCUGUGAUGAGGCAUCACACCUGAACUGUAGGUUCUGCUGCCUUACAUUGUCCAUGCAUGUCAUUAAUUCCACAGUCCUGAAGCAAUAAAAAUGGGGAAUAUUUCACUUA